AUGAGAAGAUGGUCAUCUGCAAACCAGGAAGAGGACAUUUACCAGUUCAGUUCAGUUCAGUCACUCAGUCAUGUCCGACUCUUCGCGACCCCAUGGACCACAGCAAACCAGGCCUCCCUGUUCAUCACCAACUCCCAGAGUUUGCCCAAACUCAUGUCCAUUGAGUGGGUGAUGCCAUCCAACCAUUUCAUCCCUGUCAUCCCCUUCUCCUCCUGCCUUUCUCCUCCAAUCUUUCUCAGCAUCAGGGUCUUUUCAAAAGAGUCAGCUCUUCGCAUCAGGUGGCCAAAGUAUUGGAGCUUCAGCUUCAACAUCAGUCCUUCCAACGAACACUCAGGACUGAUCUCCUUUAGGAUAGACUGCUUGGAUCUCCUUGUAGUCCAAGGGACUCUCAAGAGUCUUCUCCAACACCACAGUUCAAAAGCAUCAAUUUUUCAGUGCUCAGCUUUCUUUAUAGUCCAACUCUCACAUCCAUUCAUGACUACUGGAAAAACAUUUACCAGACACCAGAUCUGUUGGCACCUUGAUCUUGGACUUGUCCAGAACUAUAGGAAAUAA